CGAACCUGGUCUGUUGACCUUUUACAGAGAUUUCCACACAUCCAACGGCUGAGAUCAGUCCGCCUUCCUCACGCGACGGAAAGAAAUUACGAAGCCCAGCCCAAAAACAUACCGACUCUGCCGCGUACUGGUAUUUACCUCCGCCAUCCCGCCGCCGCAUCUUUCUUUUUCUGCCUCCUUUCUCUCCAAACUUGUCGCGGCGGAAAUAAAAAUCCAAUUCACACAACCAGCUCCCAAGUUCCCACUGAAUUCCCAGCACCCACAACUCCCUUGCGUAGCUUCGUGAUUUUUUCCCCGGCGUGCUUUGUCGCCAAUUUGAAGCGAAGGAAGGAAGUAGAAGAGAUGUCGGAGAAGUUCUCGCCGACGCUAAGGAUCGGGGAUCUCAACGAUUUCAUAGCUCCGUCUCAGGCUUGUGUGGUCUCCUUGAAGGGGCUCAAGGCUAAUAGUAACGUUGCCAAGAAGCCUGUUAAACCUGAGGUGGCGGUUGGGAUCAAUCGGCAGACGGAGCCGGUGAAGAUUUCUCUAAAGGACUGCUUGGCUUGCAGUGGGUGCAUAACAUCAGCAGAGACAGUAAUGCUGGAGAAGCAGAGUUUGGAUGAAUUCUUAUCUAAUCUCGAUAAAGGAAAAACCAUCAUUGUUUCCCUCUCACCACAGUCCAGAGCUUCUCUUGCUGUUCAUUUCGGCCUCUCUCCACCUCAGGUGUUCAGGAAACUCACGACAUUUUUUAAGUCCUUGGGAGUAAAGGCUGUAUUUGACACAAGUUGCAGCAGAGACUUGGCACUAAUCGAGGCUUGCAAUGAGUUUGUUAGUCGAUAUAAAGAAAGCCUGUUGAGUGAAGCUGAAAAAUCCAAAGUAGCAUUGCCUAUGCUUUCAUCUGCAUGUCCAGGUUGGAUUUGCUAUGCCGAGAAGCAACUAGGAUCUUAUAUUCUCCCUUACGUAUCUUCUGUCAAGAGUCCCCAACAAACAAUGGGAGCAAUCGUUAAGCGUCAUGCAUGCCACAGCAUGGGUCUUAGGCCGGAUGAGAUUUACCAUGUCACCGUCAUGCCCUGUUAUGAUAAGAAGCUCGAGGCAGCAAGGGAUGACUUCACUUUCGAAGUUGAAUCACCGGAACGAACCGAUGACACUGAUACAAUGGUUACAGAGGUAGACUCGGUUUUGACAUCUGGAGAAAUUCUGGAUCUAAUAAAGUUAAAAGCAGUGGAUUUCAAAGCCGUAGAAGAAUCUCCUCUUGAUAGCAUGUUGACAAAUGUUGAUGAACAAGGGCAUCUCUAUGGGGUCGCUGGCAGUUCUGGUGGUUAUGCAGAGACAGUUUUCCGUAAUGCCGCAAAAACCUUGUUUGGAAGAGAAAUCGGAGGACCACUGAACUUCAGAACUAUAAGAAACACAGAUUUUCGAGAAGUGUCUCUGGAAGUGGAUGGGAAAACUGUCUUGAAGUUUGCCUUAUGUUAUGGUUUCCAGAACCUGCAAAACAUAGUGAGAAAAGUCAAGAUGGGAAAAUGUGAUUACCAUUUCGUGGAGGUUAUGGCGUGCCCUGCAGGUUGCUUAAAUGGUGGCGGUCAAAUCAAGCCAAACCAGGGGCAGUCUCCAAAAGCUUUGCUUCAAUCGAUUGAAGCCGUUUACAUGGACAAUGUUGUGAAUGCAGAUCCAUAUAACAAUCCUCUUGUUCGAGGAUUAUAUGAUGAAUGGCUUGGACAACCUGGUUCGGAGAAAGCCAAGCUAUACAUUCACACAGAAUAUCAUCCCAUCGUUAAGAGCAUAACUGCACAGUUACACAACUGGUAAAGCACUUGCUCAAUUUCCGAAUUCAGACCCCACCGAUGGACAACAGAAAGUAGUCAUCUACACCUCCUGCUUGGUAUCUCUUCCUUCCAUGAUAUAUAUCUAUAGGCGCAAGAAUCUCGGGCAUGAGACAGCCAUAGCUGGUUUUGCUCAUUGGCGAUUCAUUUUAAGGAUGAGAAGGCAUUUGAAGCUCAAUUUUGAUGAGGUAAACUUGCACUUAUUCACUGGAUUGUCGGUUUCACUGCUUAUGUACAUUAUCUGUGGUAGAAGAUGAUGAAGAAGAAUGGGCAGUAUUUAGGAAGGCAGCAUUUUAUACGUUUGUGAUCUGCUCCCCUGGCCCCUUUGGUCCUUAGUUGGUGUUCCCUUUGGGAUUGAUGUACAUGCCUUUUUGUUUAUGUUAACUUUGUUCCUGUUUUUGGGUGUUGGAUGAUCCAACAGACAGUUUUGUCCAAUCAAUCUGUAUCUAAACUAUAACCAAGUAAUAAGAAGGAAUACCACACUAUUUCAGUUCUUACAGGUUGUAAUGUAAGAUCUACUCUUAAGGUUUCUGUUUAUUUGUUGACUGAUGUCUCUUUGUUACAAUUAUGCUCUUGAUCCACAAGGCUCUUGGACAUCUCUGAUAAUGCGAGUUAUUGAGAUGAAUUAGUUAUCGAAAAUAUUGUUGGUAAUGGGGAAAUUAGUAAUUGUUGCAUGCCCUUGGUGAAAAUGAAGAAAAUGUGACAUUUUUAUUAAUUUCUCUUCAGAUAAAUAAAAUAACAAUUGUUACAACGUAAUAAAUUGUAACCCAUCCACCAAGAGUGAAUAAGGAGAAGGUGAUACCUCAAAGUAGAAUUACAUAAUAAUUUCCAAAAAAUUACGAAUAUAAAAUUAAUGAUUCAUAUUCGAAAUUCCUUCAGAAAAGUAAACAUAGUUUAAUUCAUUAAUUUGUUACCAGGUUUGUUGCUGUAAUGGAUUGCCUGCAUGUCCCUUUGUCAGAAACAAACAUUUUCUGGGUUUCUUAGGAAAUUGAAACUGACAAAGUUUUUACUAUCCAUUUAUUGCGACAAAAUCCUCCCACAAAAACCGAUAGAAAGUCCCAAACUUUUCAUUCAGAACAAUAACCCAUCACAAAACCACUUCUGUCUGCCUCUCAUCGGCUCCUUCCAAGUCCCAGAGAAGCACCAGUAUCUGAAACGAAAUGGUAAAAAGGAAAUGACUUUGUUAUUCGUUUUCAUAUUCUGAACUUUGGGUUUUGCAUGGCUUUCUUUUUGAUUUGGGAGUGGGAUUUGUGCGCUGAAUCAUCAGACGACGUCAAAGAGGGUUGCAGAGAGGAAGAAUGAAAGGUUCCAGAGGAACAUAAUGAAGAGGGGAUCUGUCUCUGGUUCCUCAUGGAAGAAAGGCUUUGACUACCCUGUUGGCCCAAUUGUGCUUGGAUUCAUCGUCUUUGUUGUAGUUGGAUCAUGUAUGUGCCUCUCUCCCUCUCUCCCUACAAUGGUUAUCUUGUUAAUUCUCCGAAGCUGACCCCUCUUGCAUGCUCUGGUUUGUGUUCGUUUUACAUUGAUUGGAUUGGAUUGGAUUGUUAUGUGUUGGAUGGCUAGGGUCCAUAGCACUUCAGAAUCAAAAGGAAUUAGCAUAGUACCAAAACUAAAAAUGAAAGGAAGGACAGGUA